UCAAAACACCAAACCACAACUUUACAUCUCUUUGGUGUUCCAAGCUAAGACAGAUGGCUACUUCUAAGCUUUUCUCAUGUUUGCUCGUCCAAUCAAUGCUCUUGCUUCUCGUACUCGAUGCUGCUAAUGCGGAGCUGAAAGUUGGGUUUUACUCAAAGGCUUGCCCCAAUGCAGAAAAGAUCGUUAAAGAAGUCAUGGACCAAGUCAUGUCGGUCGCUCCUUCCCUUUCGGGUCCUUUGCUCAGAAUGCAUUUCCAUGACUGCUUUGUUAGGGGCUGUGAUGGUUCAGUUCUUUUGAAUGAUACCGUGAACCUUCCCGAGAAGAUCGCAACACCAAACCUAAGUCUUCGAGGGUUUACUACCAUCGAUAGGGUGAAAGCUGCAUUGGAGAAGGCAUGCCCGGGCAUAGUUUCAUGCUCAGACACUUUGGCUUUGGUGGCUAGGGAUGUGGUCGUGGCGAUGGGCGGACCGGGGUAUGAUGUUGAAACUGGAAGAAGGGAUGGAAAUGUUUCCAAUGCUUUUGAGACGAGAGGCAAUCUGCUGCCAGGUACUGCAAACUUUACGGAGCUGAAAUCGCUUUGGCAGGCAAAGGGUCUGGAUGUUAAAGAUCUAGUAGCACUCUCUGGUGGACACACGCUCGGGACAUCUCACUGCAGUUCCUUCAGCGACCGUCUCUACAACUUUAGCGGAACUGGUCGCGCUGACCCAUCGAUGGACCCGAACUACGUGGCGAGGCUGAAGCUGAAGUGCAAGCCCAAUGACAACACAACUCUUGCCGAGUUGGAUCCAGGCAGUGUUAGGACCUUCGAUGGGCAGUACUUCACGCUGGUGGCCAAAAGAAGAGGUCUCUUAACAUCAGAUGCGGCCCUUCUUGUUGAUAGCGAGAGCAAAGCCUACGUCCUGCAGUUCACCACUAAGGGGUCCACCUUCUUUAAAGAUUUCGGCGACUCGAUGGUGAAAAUGGGCCGGAUCGGCGUGCUCACGGGUAACUCUGGUUCAAUCAGAAAGGUCUGCUACAAGAAUAACUAAAGGGUUACAAAGAUCGUGAACAUGAAAUGAGAAUGAUUGUUUGAGCAGUUUAUAUGUUUUGUUGGGUUGGUUUGUCGGUGAAUCGUACUGUUUUUAAUA